GGGCUGAACUCCGGAGUCAAAGCAAACCACGGAUCUUAAAUACUCCAAACAAAACCGACAUGGUGGUGACAGAACAAUGUAUGACAGCAGGUAACUUUAUCAUCCCCCCGCGCAAUAUGGAACGUUGAUGUUCCGAUUCGCCCUUGCUUUUUGUCCAAGUAAGGGAGAUUAGAAGAAGAAAAAAGAAAAAGGAGAAAAAAAAAAUUAUUCACGGAAAAUAUCAAAAGCAAAUGAGAGCGGAGAGAUACAAAGACCGCCGACUCUGAAAACUCCGUCAACGCUAGAGCGAUAUAAGAGGAAGACUCGUUUCUAUAACGGCGUCGUAUAUCAUUCAGUGUUAGGGCUUUUUUUUUCUUUUUUUUUUCUUUUUCUCUUUCCCUUCUUCCCUCCCCUCCGCCUUCUCAAAAAGAAAAAAAAAAAAGAAGAAAAGAAAAGAAAGAUAAAAGAAUAAAAGGAAAUGAAAAAUUUCUCUCGUUUGAGAAGUGAAUCACUAUAAAAUAUAUAUCUUCCGCAGGAGGCAGAACUACUUAGGGCUGUAGAGUAGAAACCGGAGGUUGCUUUCUCUUUUAUGAAUUUCUUGUAAAGAAUAAAGAAGAGAAAAUGUACAAGAUGAACAUGUGCGACAUGGAUAUGUACAGCAUCAACACUAACUGCAGUUUUAGGAUUUUCAUAACAAGUUUUAGGAGACAGUUUCUUUUGGUUUGGUAGAAGAUAGGCCUCAUAGUCGUUUUUACAUUAGAAGCGUUGGUUUUAAGCUUGUUGAUAGGGAUUGAUCUAGGUAGAAAUGGAAGCACGGAACGCCAUGGUAUCGGAUAAUAAGCCUGGGUUUCUGCACAAUAGGAAGAGAAAGCGGGCUGCGCAGCAUUCAACUUAUUUUCCUGGAGCUUCGCAUGUGAUAUUACCACAAUUGCCCAACUUGUGUUUACCAUCCGAGAAGCGUGGCAAGCUGAGGAGAUUAGAGGAUCACAAAGGCAAAGUUGUUAGUUGUGCUCAUCCUUCGAAAAGAUCUUUGCUGCUUUGCUAUUCAAAUUUUAAGAAAACUGGCAUUCCGAAGCGCAUCAUGUUCUUUGAGAAAGGUGAAUGGACUGAUUUUCCCAAGGAUCUCAUUGCUUCAAUUAGGAAAGAUCUCAUCACAAAGAAGCCAUUUAUUGAGCUGGAGAAAGAUGGUCAAUCUUUUGUGCUUGAUUUCUUGCAUAUGUUUCGACUGGAUGGGAAAACUGGCUUGAAACAACCAAUUGCUUGGAUUGACGAAGCAGAUGGCUGUUUCUUCCCGGAGACUUUUUCUGUAGAGGAUGAACUAUAUCAGGCUCAUGAGUAUGAGAGUGAUCAUGAAUCUAUGUAUAAUGAAUCAUAUGUUCCCCCUGAGAUCAAGCUACAUCUUGAAAUUGACAUUAAUGGUGAUCAAUCUAAGUUGAAGGAAUGUAGUGGGGAGUCAAGUUCUUUUGUUAGCAAUUUUCAAAUUGCUCAGAAACCUGCCACCAUUUGCUGUGCCAUAGAAGCUGAGGAUAAUUGCAACAGGGAUGGUGAUGCAAAACACAGCAAAAUCAUUGAGGAUAUUCAACAACCAAGGUUAAAUUUUCCUGAAAAGGAGUUUGUGGAUGUAGAAUUUGGAGAACAGUUGGAUUCUCAAACUGUGGAGACGAUGUUCCUGUUGGGCAUGAGCUCUUCUUGUGGUUCAGAUAUUAUUGAUAUAAAGCCCUGCUCCAGUUCUUCAACACAAUAUAGGUUGGAGCGUUUCCUGAAGCAGGUUCAAAUUAUGAAGAAGUAUCGUGGUGAUGCAAAUGUUCAGCAUGCUUGGCUUGCUUGCUCUCAGUCAGACUUGCCAAUCAUCAUGAUGCACGGGCUCGGGGAUUGUCGCCUUUCCAGAAUUCCACACAAAUAUGGCACUGGUGUUCAUCUUGCCACAGUAGAAUUUACUAAUACCAGUGCAAACUAUUGUGAUGUUGACGAAAAUGGAAUAAAGUACAUGAUACUAUGUCGUGUAAUAAUGGGAAAAAUGGAGCUUCUUCGUCCUGGAAGUGGACAGUGUUAUCCUAGCAAUGAAGAUUUUGAUAGUGGAGUGGAUGAUCUUCAGCAUCCAAAGUACUAUAUUAUCUGGAACAUGAAUAUCAGCACUCACAUUUAUCCAGAGUUUGUUGUUAGUUUCAAGAUCUCCAAUGCUGAAGGGCAUUUGAUUGGAAGUGAGACUAAUCAUGCUGUUUCAGGCGUCACUGCAUCUACUCCAGGACUUCAGGGUCGUUUACCAGUAUUAUCAUCUGCCGGUGAAUUGGGGAGUAUUAAUCACCAAACCUCAGAAUCAGGUGGAUCCCACGAAAAUGAUCCUAGCCUGGGUUCAAACACUUCAAAGACCCCUAAAUCUCCUUGGAUGCCUUUCCCAAUGUUGUUUGCUGCUAUCUCAAACAAAAUCCCUCGUUCAGAUAUGGAUCAAGUUACUAAUCAUUAUGAACUAUUCAGGGCAAAGAAGAUAAGUCGUGAUGAUUUUGUCAAAAAGCUGAGAUUGAUAGUCGGAGAUAGUUUGUUGCGAUCAACAAUAACAUCUCUGCAGUGCAAGUUUCCAUCUAGACAUGAAUUAGAGGCGGCAGCAGCGGCAAAGCAGAAGAACACGAAUGGUCCUGGCGGCCUUUGAACGUGGUGAUCUCAAGUUGACGGUUGUCUUUCAGUUUGGUGCUUGUUACAAAAUGUGUCGACAUGAUGUGGAUAUGUUUAUUGAAGGUAAUGUUUCUCGUAAUAAUGGUGUAAUUGCUAGGUGUCUCUCUAGUAAUGAGGAUUUGGCUAUGCUGACGACUUGUUUUCAUCGGAACUGUCGUGGUAGACCCGCGCAUUCUAGUGUGUUUUUUUUUUUUUUUUGUGGUUCUCAAUGUGGACUCGUUGCUUUGUUAUCGUAUAAUACAAAUUGUUGUUGCCUGGGACUUACAAUUUUUUUUAUCAGAGAUGUGAUAAAGCGGAAGUUUGAGGUGUUUCAAAAAUGAAGACGUCUUAAAAUUCCACUUUGUUAAGUCAAA